UGCCUGGAACAGCGAGCCGCGCCGGGUGCCAAAAUGAGCGUUUACUACCAGAGCUGGAGGAUCUUACAAAUAUUCUUUGCAACAAUCACAGCAGUUCUCACGCAAGAUCUAAGCAGUAAAGAGCUGACCGACAGUAAGAGCCCAGUGCCUUUCCCCGUCUUUCUGCCAGUCAACUACGAGGUGCGAGAUGCUGAGUACUUCUUCCUAAAGGAGGCUGGGCAGGACUUCAUGAGGAACUCCAGCAUGCAGAGUCACACGCAGCCCUUUGUUAUCUUAAGAGCCAGCCGGCAGCCAGCUGUCAACGCCAGCUACGGCACGAUGUCCACAGAGCAGCUUGUGCCUCUAGAUCUGGUCCAGUCUGUGCAGCUUUUCAACGCUCCAGAGGUCUUUACCUUUAACUGGAAAAUCCAGGCCUUCGUGCUCACGCCUCGGGUUUUCUCCUCUAAGCCCAGAGUGCGUGUGCUCUUCUAUGUCGCAGGGAGGGACUGGGGCAGGGGGGAAGGAACUGUGGAUGAGCUACCGUGUGUGACAGUGUAUGCUUUCUGGCAGACCCAGGAGGUGAGGGGCUCCUGUGCCAUGGGAGGCGAAAGGGGAACCUGCAUGGCUGAGCUGGCUCCACCGCUCGGCUGGUUUGCUCCGGGGUCAGAGGGCACCAGUAGGGAAAGGCAGGACCCCACUACCGGGAACCCUGUGGAGCUGUAUUACCAGGCACAGCCCAGAGUGAACGGGAAGUGUAAUUCUGUAGAUGGAAGUCGUUGGGGUGGCUCGCAGCAGCAGGCAGAGUAUGUUCCUGUCACAGCCAUGCAGAGGAUUGGCAGCGUGCGUCUGCUGCAGGUGCCUAAAGGAAUGGCAACGCUUUCUAGGCUCAAGCUUGGCAAUGCCAUUGUUAUACGGACAUCCUCCAAACCGCUGAAGAAGACUGAUAUCGCCACCUUCUACAUACUCAUGGCCAGCUCUGCUCAGCUCACUAACUUCACUCUCAGAGCGACAGUAAAGAAAGGUGUGACCUUUCGAACAGCAACACCCAGUAACUCUUUACUGUGGGACAUCACUCUGGAUAUGGGAGCAGAUGGAGCCAUUGCUGUUAUUUGUCAGAGGAAGGCUCCCAUACCUGGGAAAAGGCUUGAGAGCAGUCUGCUGGAGGUGCUUCAAAUGGAUUUCGAGGUGGAGGAGCUGAGCAGCCCACUUGACAGUCAGGUGAUCAUAUGGAGGCUGGAAUUACCGUCGGCGUCCAAAAACAUCGCCAAGACUGAAGGAGCCAUGAGAAUCUAUACCACCCAGAGAGACUUUGUUGGCCUGGCCCCUCUUGUAAUGGACACAGAGAUCCUGAAUACAGCGGUGCUGACUGGAAAGAAGGUGGUGAUGCCUGUGAGGACAGUGGCUGUGGAGGAAGACGGAGUGGUCACUGAUGUGUCUGACUACACAGACUGCAGCUCCACUGAUGAAGAUGUACUCAAGGUGUCGGACAGGUGUGACUAUGUUUUCCUGAAUGGCAAAGAGACUAAGGGCAAAGUCAAGUUGAUGGUGAACUUUACCUACAGCUACCUGAGUGCUCAGCUCGAACUGAACGUGUGGAUGCCCCGACUCCCCCUCCAGAUCGAGGUGUCAGACACAGAGCUGAGCCAGAUCAAAAGCUGGAGGGUUCCUAUACUAACCUCAAAAAGAACUGGCUGGAACAGCGAGGAAGACGACAGGAAAGGGAAGGGCUGCAUGCUGCAGUUUCAGCACGCCCUGGUGCGGGUGUUAACCUACUUUGUGGCAGAGCAGGCAGACCCUCGGGAUCCCAAGGUCUAUUUCCUGGGCUCGGACUGGCAGGUGGAUGUCACAAGGCUAGUUCGAUACUUCAUGAAAGUGGAGGACCCUCGAGUGGCAAGGCUGCAGGCAGGGAGGGUGCUGUCAGGACGAGACCUCGGGACCACCACCAUCCAGGUGUUUUCUCCACUGUCGGAUGCAAUCUUGGCUAAAACGACUAUAAAAGUAGUGGAUGACAAAGUGACCAUCACUGAGUUGGGAGUCCAGCUGGUUACAGGCCUCUCCAUGACUUUACAGCUCAGUGCUGGGAGCAAUAGGGCCAUCCUGGCUACCACAACCACACAGGAGGUUCUACAGAGCCCUAAACAGGAAGCUUUGGUCAGUGCCUGGGUGCAGUUCAGUGAUGGCAACCAGACGCCUCUCGACAUUUAUGACCCUGCUUUCUACCGAGUGACAGUGACAUCUCUAGAUCAAGGGGUAGUGUCAGUUAAGGGAACGCCUCCAGUUGUGCUUGCGGAGGGCGAAGGUGAGGGAGUCCUCGUCAGAGUAGAGAUGUCCAUCUGUGAGUCCUGCCAGAAAUCCAAACGCAAAAGCACUGUGGCUGUGGGUAACGGAAGCCUCAAGGUCAAGUUUCAGGUGAACAGCCGGCGCCCAGACAGCAAUACCAGCAGCGCAGAUGCCAAUGGCAGUGACUAUGGGAAUGAUGGGGAAGAGAUGGACGGCAAGAGAAAGCAGAGGAAACCAUCUCAGGAUCCUCCACUGCGCAGCUCCACCUCAGACAGAGAGGAGAGCGCAAUGCAAAAGAUCACAACCACGAUUAAAUCUACCGAGCGAACCUUCAUCACCAGCGGCAGCCUCGGAGGAGUGGGUAAGACCAGCAAUUCAGGAAACUCCGGCAGUCCUACCAGCAUGGUGAACAUCAGCAUGAUGAGUAGCCCCAGUGACAGCAGCAAAGCAUAUGGCUCAGACAAUAUGAUCGCGGAGGAUAUGAGCAGUGUUGGUUUUACCAGCACUGUUAAGGCCCCUGGGAACCUGGUGAACUAUAACAGUUUCCCCACCAGAGUGGACGUACCCGGGCAGGAGACAGCUGAAGUAGAGAUCGGUGGUGAAGAAAUGUUGGCCAACAGGCCGCUCACAGACCUAGAGAUAGGCAUGUACGCUCUGUUGGGCGUCUUUUGCUUGGCCAUCCUGGUUUUUCUGGUUAAUUGUAUCUCGUAUGUUGUCAAGUUCAGGCACAAGAAGCCUCCAUCUCAUGGCCAGGAGCCUACAGGGCACAGGCACGACUGGGUAUGGCUUGGCACAGACGCCGAGCUGGUGAUGAGCGUGCCUGGCAGUCCUGUCCAGCAAGACUCCCAGACUACAACCACGGUCAUAGAUAUUGGGCCUGAUAAGUCGGCCUCUCUGUCUAGAAGGCCCAGUUGCCUGGCCUCAGUCACAGACUCGCCCCUCAGCUGCGUGGGCUCCCUCAGGAGCAAACCUAUGCACACCGAGUCCCUCCACUCACCCACCAGCAAGAGGAAGAGAGUCCAGUUCACCACCUUCUCCACUCUGGAGCGCCAGCACUCGCCACAUCUCCCGCCCAGGGAGAAUGGCCAUGGCAUCCAUUGGGUUGGGAAGCAGGACAGUUGUGAGGAGGAACCCCAAGUGCCCAUUGCAGAGCCUGGGGACCCGUUAUAAUACAGAACCCUAUCAGACCUCACAUGUACAGUAGAUGUGGCUUUGAUCACCUCAAUGCCUUUGUUAACUCCAAUAACUGUCUAGAAUAUGUGAUUUUGGAAUUGCCCCCCUUCACAUUUCAUUACCUAUCAAAGGCCUUUUACAUGUACAUGUACUGUAUAAUAUUGUUAAUACUGGAGUGUGGAUGCGGGUUAGAUGGCUGAGCAGAUGGACUUACACUAUGUUUAAAGCCACCAAAUGUUAAUGCUGCAUGUGGAUAUCUUCUUCUCUAAACUUUUGCACUCACAUGCUGGUCUACAGAGUACAAAGACACACUGAAAAAGUAUCAAUAACAAAUAUAUUGGUUACCAGUUAUAAUACAGACCUCAGUUUGAAAGAUAUGGGUUUCACCAUAAACAUGGCUGCGAUCAAACAUAAUUCUAUCAGAAAUAGGUGUUUUCUAUUAAUGCAAUGUCCAAGACCCUUUUCUUUGUAAGUUCAAGUUGAUCUAAUUUCAUUUUUUUCAUUAAAACACUAAUCUUGAAUAUUGCC